AUGACUACUGGACUUCACAAUGCGCGUGCGGCCUUCUUUUCACUUCCGAUUACCAAUGUUUGGCCAUGUCCGACGUGUUCUUUUGAAAAUCCACUAUCAGCAUAUCCUCGUUGCAACAUGUGCGAACAAGCAGCUAAUUACAAUUCGCUACAUCAUCUGUCCGGUAUUGAGCGUUCAACGUCAAUCUGGCAAUGCCCUCAAUGCACAUUGAACAAUGAAACGAGUGAUGAUCAUUGUAAUGCAUGUGGUUAUACUAAAAAGAGUAAAUCUGCGCCUGUCGUUCUCAUCAAUUCAAGCGCUACGCUAUCAUCGACAUCUAUGUCCUUAGCUGUUGAUGAUCGUCGACGUCGAGAUGAAGUAGAUGCUGAGCAAAUAUUUCAGCAUAUUAUCGAUUAUUGCAAAAAGGCUAGGACGAACUUUGUAGAUGAUAGCUUUAUUCCAUCAACGAGUUCGAUCGGAACUGAUUCGUUUGUAGAAAUUUCACAAUGGCUGCGUAUAGCAGAUGUUGCUCCUGUCUCUAGUAAGGAUCGAGCACUGCCAUUGACCAUCUUCUCUUCUCCACAGCCCAGCGAUAUCCAACAAGGAGCACUUGGUAAUUGUUGGCUUAUAGCUGCUCUCGCUCUUAUCUCAGAGCAGCCAUCGCUUCUACAGCAUAUUCUUCUUACGAAAGAAGUCAACAAAGAGGGUGUCUACAUGGUUCGUAUUUGUCACAAUGGACUGUGGAAAACUAUCAUCGUUGACGACUGUUUCCCAUGCACGAAACAUAAACGUCUAGUAUUUUCUCAUGCAAAACGACGUCAGCUAUUUGUCCCAUUGAUCGAAAAAGCGUGUGCAAAAGUAUUUGGUUCAUAUGCUAGUCUGAGAAGUGGCAAUAUGCGUGAAGGUCUGCAACUUCUGACGGGGGCACCAUGUGAUCACAUUGAUUUACACCCACCAAAUGGCAUCCUCGAUAGUGAUAUUGUUUGGGCUAAACUUUUGUCUGCAUGCGAAUCGAAAUUGUUGAUUGGUGUUUCGACAGGUGGAACUGGUAUUAGUCGAGAUGAAUAUGCUCGUGUGCAUAUUCAUGGUAACCACGCAUUCUCUAUACUUGCAGCACACACGUUGGUUGACAGUUCAUCUCGAUUCGUGCUUGUUCGUGACCCUCAUUCUCGUUCAGAAUACAGAGAAGAUGAAGUAACCGAAUCUGUCCUGAAACAACUUCGAACGAUUAAUCCUGCACAACGAUCAACAGGUGCAUUCUGGAUCUCAUGGAGUCGAUUUCUUCGAUAUUUUUCAUCGAUCACAGUGUCCACAUACAAAAGUAGUGAUUUUGAUGUUCGUGAAGCAGGAAGAUUUAGUCGGUCGUCAACCGAUGAUGUGUUGAGCUAUCGAUUUCACGUUCCACAAGCAUCGAUGAUUAACAUCAGUCUUUUGUACCAUCGUCUUGAUCGGACAUCGCCUAUUUCUCACACGCAGUCAUUUGUCCUUUGUGAUAUCAAUGAAGCAGGAUCAACAGAUAGUAUUGGUGAACGCGAAUGUAUAUUGGUAUGUAAACGUGGAGGACUAACGUACUGGUCAGGGCCACUACGUGCUGGUUAUUAUGUGCUGAUACCAUUUUCAAUCAGUUUCUGGCGGGAGACAAAGAAAGAUAACGAUUAUACCAUUGUUAUACAUUCUAACGUUCAACUUAGUUUAACUAUUGAGAACAAGCGAGCUACGUUUCUUGCUGAUUGUAUUAUAGCGGCAUUAAUAAAAACGGGUGUGAGAAAACAAGAAAAAGAAGUCGCAUUCUAUAAAACAUCUAGUAAGGUGGCAAUGAAAAUAUUUGUAGCAGAAAAUUCUUCAUCAACACAAUAUUUAAAUGUGAACAUUGGUGUCAAUGUAGCAACAAAUGUUCGUCAUUCGCGUCACGUUGAUCUACCCUUUCAUACUCACGAUUCCGUUCCACCCCGAUAUCGACAAUUGAUUUUCAUAACCGAAUGGACCGAAAAGCACAAUGGAUUAACUUAUCUGAGUUAUUCAUGUUCAUACAAACAAGAAUCACGCACGAGUGAAUCACUGCCGGAUAUUGACAGUGCACAACAUGAUCUUCAUUCACCGCGACCAUUUUAG